UUGUACAUCAUCGUCGACAGUAGUAGAAACAGGUUUGCAUCACGGUCAUCGAGAUGAGACGCAUAAGUUGUCGAACUGUUCAAAUAGGGCCAUAUCCGCCGGUGGGUUUCUAUACAUUUUUAUAAUUGUUUUCACAUAUUAUUGAUCUAAAAUAAAUCUAUCUAUACAGUGUAGUAUCCAGCCUUUUCUACUAUAAUUACCAUAUACUCUUAACCAACUUAUAGACUUAUAACUCGAUUAAAAUAUUCUCAAAAUGCCUCUAUUUUCUAGCCGCAGGCCUGAGGAAGAAGUUGUGGAGGAGCCUCUCCCCGAGAAGACCGAGAAGAGACACUCACACGGUCUCUUCGGUUCCCGUCACCGGUCACCUUCUCCUGCCACCACUCGUAGUAGCACGACCAAUAGCUCAAGGAACUCAGACGUUUCAUCCCCUUCACGCCACCGAAGCGUGCUACAACGUACCUUCGGACAUGGUAACACUACCAACCCGGACAUCGACCCAUCAAUUGUCCAGGCCCGCGAGCGUGUCAUGCAGGCCGAGACGGCUGAGCGGGAUGCCGAUAGAGCUUUAGAGUCCGCCCGCAUCCGUGUUCGCGAAGCUAGGGCCGAUGUUAAGAGACUUGAGCUAGAGGCUGCCGAGGAAGCCCGACGGGCAAAGAUCAAGCAGUACCACGCCCGCGAAGUCUCGAAGCGGGGCAAGCAACUUGGCCGUCAUGAUGUUUGAGCUAUGACUCGAGCAUUGUAAAGAAGAAUAUAUGACGAAUGCUAUGUUGGAAUUAAGAGCUUGGUUGUUAAAAUGAUACCUAUUUCUUAUCUGUAUUAGUAUCACGAAGUAAGCGUCUUCGUGGCGCUGAAUGUCUGAUGAAUGUAUUGUAUUACGAAGUACGAGCAGCCGAUUAUAAUCGAAUACAUUAAUCCUCAUUUCAAUUUGAACAGUGCCAGUAAAGGAAUUCUUGUAGAGCAAAUGGGCCUACAUUACUCCCUGUAUGCUUAAGAUCACCAAAAUUGAAGUAAUAUUUAUUAUCACAUUCCUAGUACCGAUUUAGACCUAGCAAUUCCUUAUAUCCUUUCAUUCUAAGUAUUGUU